UUAUAGAAGAACAGAAAAGAGACAUGGCGCUACCAGUAUCUUAUUCCUUAGCGCCACUCACCUUCAAGUCUUGCACCUUCUUCAAAUUUCCUACAGUUCCAAUCUCAGCUUCAUUUUCAAUCCCUAAUUUUAAUUCCAGUUUCAGUUUCAGUAUUCUCUGCCGUGCCACUAAUUCACAGACUGACCCUAUCAACAAGAAGAAGCGUUCUUCUUCUUCGUCAAAGAAGAAGAAAAAGAAGAGUAGCGUUGGGGCUGAUGAUUCCAAUCCUUUAAAUUUCAACGAUUUUGAAAUUUUACAUGAUUUUUCCAGUGGUGUAGAUGCCGAAAAUGCCUCCACCAGUUCCGAUUCUUCCUUAUAUUACCCUCCUGAUCCAAUGCCGUUGCCCGAACCUCCCGCUGGAUUCGUUUUAGGGGAUAACGGCAAGGUUCUCCUUGCUUCCACAAAUCGACUUGCCACUAUAGUUGAUCCAACGAACAACCUUCCAUUAGAGUGUGUGAUAAGGAGAGUAUUCAGAAGUUCUGACAGAGAUGAAUGUGUGUUGCUCUGUCCAGUUGACACGCCUAUUCAAAUAUUGAAGAGCACCAAAGUUGAUGGAUGGUCAGCUAUCAGUGAUGAGGAAGUUGAAUCUAUUCUUCCCGCUGCAGCUUAUGCACUUGCCAAGAUACACAUGCAUCUCGUUUAUAGUGGGUAUUGUUAUACUGCACGUGGUGGAUUUUGCUACACAGAAGAAGACUUAUUUGACUUUCACACAGAUGAUGGUGAAGGAGUGGAUGGCUUGCCAACUGAAGGUGUAGAAAUUACAUGUUUCAAUCUGGAAGGUGCGCGCUACAUGAUUUAUACGCCAUCUGAUCCACUUCUAUUUGUUGCUGUGAAGGAUGAGAACGGGAUGCUACAAAUUGCUGAUGAUGACCUGAUUGAGGAUCCUGCUGUCAUUGACGCCAUAGAUGAGGAGACUGAAUUUAAUGCCUUGGUGGAAGAAGAAGCUGCACUUAAUGAGGCAAUGAUGUCAUCACUGGAGGAAGAUGAAGCUUCACCUUAUGACAUAAUGAUGGAUGAAAGAUAACCUGAUAUACCUUUUUGCAGCAGAGCUGUCCCGAUGCUUUACUUUGUUUAGUAUUUGUCCUCUGGAAAGCCACGUCCUGCUCUGACGGCAAAUAUCUCGGGAUAGAAUGGCCUCCAUUUGUGUAUAUGAUCAAUUUUGUAAGGACUGCAUCGAUUUAGGGUUCAUGUGUGGGAAGCGCCCUUUUGCCCCCUCGCUAUUUUUAAUGGUUUUUUUAAAAAAAAAAUAAUAAUAAUAAAAAAAUCAAAAGGUGGGGUAAUCAAUAGAGAACGGGAACAUUUCCUUCACAACUUUCUCUUAUUUUUCUUAUUCACCGUGUUGUGUUGGACAUGCCUCGACUUAUCGAAUUAGACAGCAGUACACUAGCAUGUAUUAAAAUCCAAAGCAUACAAAGAUAUUAAGGGGCCUUUAUC